AUGACGUUCGAGCCAAGCAAGUCAAAGAGGGAGCUUGAAGAGGAGCUUUGGAGGGCAGCUGGUGAUGGACAUCUAGAGAACGUGAGGGAACUGAUUGAACAGGGGGUGAAUGUCAACUGUAAUUUCGGAUGGAAUAAAGCUACACCUCUUCACAAGGCAGCUUUAGGAGAACCGAGGUGGCGGUUAACAUCCUUUCGAGGACAUGUUGGUGUUGUCGAAUUUCUCCUGAAAGUCGGAGCACAGGUGCACAGUAGGGAUCGGUAUGGAGCCACACCUCUUCACAAUGCAGCUAGAGGAGGACAUGGUGGUGUUGCUGAACUUCUCCUGAAGGCUGGAGCCCAGAUUGACAGUUGGGACAUGUAUAAAGACAGACCACUUCAUGGUGCAGCUGCAGGAGGACAUGUUGGUGUUGUUGAACUCCUCCUGAAGUCUGGAGCACGGGUGGACAGUACGGAUCGGUAUGGAGCCACUCCUCUUCACAAUGCAGCUAGAGGAGGACAUGGUGGUGUUGCUGAACUCCUCCUGAAGGCUGGAGCCCAGAUUGACAGUUGGGACAUGGUAAGGGUCAGUGCGUACUACAGAUGAUUGACAUGUUUGAUUAUUCACAAGCAAUUAGUGUUUAUCAUCAG